AACAUUUUCUGGAUAUCCUCUUGGAAUAGUAAUCUUACACAUCCUGUUUUCGGACGAUAUUGUGAUGUUGACUGUAAAAGGUCAAAGAUUUAUUUAAAUGAGUGAGAAAAAUGUCAAAAUUGCCAGCUAUAUCCCUAUGUGCACCCUCUUUAUGAGUUACAUCAGACGAAAAAAAUCCACACCAGGGUAUUUUUUCUGUUACUUUGCAUAAAAACCAUAAUCCUAAACAAGAUGGCCAGUCUUUUAAGAUCGCGUGGAUUGACAUCUACCAGCAGAGUUCUCAAUGCUACAAACACUCAAGUCCUGAGAGCAACACCUUUACUGCAAAGACGUAUUGCACAAUAUGGUGGUUAUGGUUACAACAAUGAGUAUGACAACAACAACUACGGUGGUGGACAGCCUGCUAAUACCUCAUGGGGUUCUGGUAGCGAACGUCAAUCUUUACCUAGAAACACUAUUAUUAAAUUUGUACCCCAACAAGAAGCAUGGAUUGUUGAGCGCAUGGGUAAAUUCGAUAGAAUGUUGGAGCCUGGGUUAAAUAUUCUGAUUCCUUUCCUGGACCGUAUUAAGUAUGUUAAGAGUUUAAAGGAAACAGCUAUCGAAGUACCUAGCCAAAGUGCAAUUACACAAGAUAACGUUACACUUGAGUUGGAUGGUGUUUUAUACUUUAGAUGUAUCGACCCUUUCAAGGCAUCGUAUGGUGUUGAAGAUGCCGAAUUUGCAAUCACUCAACUAGCACAAACAACCAUGCGUGCAGAAAUUGGACAAAUGACUUUAGAUCGUACUUUGGCUGAACGUGCACACUUAAAUUCAAACAUUGUUGAUGCAAUUAACUCUGCUGCUGAGGAUUGGGGUAUUCGUUGCUUGCGUUAUGAAAUUCGUGAUAUUCACCCUCCUGUCAAGGUUGUUGAAUCUAUGCACCAACAAGUCUCUGCUGAAAGAACAAAAAGAGCUCAGAUCCUUGAGUCAGAGGGUGCUAGACAAGCUGCCAUUAAUGUUGCUGAGGGUCGCAAACAAGCGACUAUUUUAGCAUCUGAAGCUGAAAGGGCCGAGAAAAUCAAUAUGGCAUCUGGUGAAGCAGAGGCUAUUUUAUUACGUGCCACUGCAUCUGCAAAGGGUAUUGAAAAGGUAGCUCAUGCUAUUUCUCUUAACCACGGUAACGAUGCUGUUUCUAUGACAGUUGCUGAGAAAUAUGUUGAGGCAUUCGGUAAAAUGGCUAAGGAAGGUACUACCAUGAUUGUACCUGCCUCUACGAAUGAUGCUGCAUCAAUGGUGACACAGGCUUUGGCAAUUUAUAAUACAAUCAACAACAAGAAGAGUCCUUCUCGCCCUCCUCCCCCAAUUAGCCCAUCCACUGAAAUACCUUUAAAUGACGAACAGCAAGACAUUUUGGACGCAAUGGAUAAAAAAGAAUAAUCUUUGAAAUAAAUUUUGUAAUAACGUAAUUAUCCUAA